AUGGACGAAUGUCCUCAGUCCUACAGCUCAAACGCCAUGGAUUCCAAAGUGAUAUUUAACAUUCGAGGAUCCCGGUUUGAGACUCUGAAAUCAACUUUAUCAAAAGCACCGGGGGAAAUACUUCGAGAUUUGGACGAGGGUAGUGGGUUUUAUGAUAGAGCGAAACAGGAAUACUUCUUUGACCGCGACCCGGACGUGUUUAACAGUGUCCUAAACAUGUGUAAUACCGGGUUAAUACAUGUUCCAAAACACAUCUGUACCAAUCUGUGUAAAGUCGAGAUGGCGUUCUGGGGGGUUCCGACUACCGUGAUAUCCAAGUGCUGCUGGAGGACGUACUUCCAGGUGGACGAAGAGACGGAGGUGAUUGAGCAUCUACAGGAGAAUAGCCAGCAGGUUUGCGACAUGUCGCAGGCUCUAAAGUUUGACAGUUUCAGAUACAAACUUUGGACUUGUAUAGAAAAGCCGGGAUCGUCGCUGGUUGCCAAGAUGUGGUACGUGUUUUACAUGGCUGCCGUCUUCGUGAGUAACGUCACUAUGUGCCUUUGGACUAUGUCCGAUUUUCGGACAGAUCAUUACCUCAACACUUACGCACCGAACACUUUCGAGUCCUUUGAGAACUCCUCCGUGAAAUGGGCGCGCCUGAUGCUGACCGACCCCGUAUUGUCUGUGCUGGCAGUCGACACGCUAUGUAUGCUUGUGUUCACGAUGGAGUUUUUGGUCCACUUUUUCAUUUGUCCUCGGAAAUAUCUUUUCCUCAAGCGCCCCAUUAACACGGCAACCCUUACUGUGAUUUUUAUUAUGUGGAUAGGUUUUGUUAUGGAAUUCAACAAGGAAAGAAUGGCUAUUAACAAAACGACACGACACUUUUUCUUCGCCUGUAAGGCUCUAACCAUGACGAGACUGCUGUUGUUUCUGAGACUCGAGAGUCAAUUCCGAGCUCUGCGCGUGCUUCUCAAGAGUAUUCAAGCAAGUCUACUGGAGCUGAUGCUGAUGAUUCUCACGUUCGCGAUAGCCGCCCUCAUAUUCGGCAAUAUGCUUUACUUUAUACAAUUGGAGGAAACGGACGGCAAUGAUAGUGUUUAUAUUUGGGUAUGGUGGGCUAUCAUCACCAUGACAACGGUUGGUUACGGCGACUUCUUCCCUACGUCGUUGCUUGGAUACUCAGUGGGAGUGAUCUGCGCGAUAUGCGGAGUGGUCAUCCUUUCUCUGCCUAUAGCGGUAAUCUCGUCCAAUUUCUCCAUAUAUUACUCGCUUAGCAUGGAGAAGGGAAGGAUGGCAAGAUUACACAAACACCAUAUUCGCAAAGAGAGCCUGGCAGACAGUAAUCAGUCAGGUUAGGUGAUAACACAUCGCAAAUUACAUAAAGGACGGACUUCUUCUCAUUGUUCAGUAUUUUUAGCAUUGCAUUCUGUAUAAGGAUAAUAAGCUAUUAUAAAUCCAUCUCAUUCCGUUUUGACAUUACAAAUCCGAUCCCCGUGAACUGUAUAACAAACGUGAGUGGAAUGACUUCUCUUUGUCGUAGUGUUUAACACUAUAGAUAGCACUAGUCUGCUUUCAAAUCAAAGUGUUUUCCCCACCAGACCAUAACGUUUGCCUUUCUGUAAUCCAAUGCGCCUUGUAAAUAGCAGAAACGGUGGAAAUAACUUAUAUACGUAUAUACCUCAACGUUGGGAAUAUUGCCGAGCAGUAGGACGGAUAUGGUGGUGCUGUGAUUAUCCGAUCGUACUGUGGUUUACUAUCAAUUGUACAUGUAUACAUAGCUCCAAUGCGUAUUAUGGAUAAAUAUAACCACCGGAGAUAACAGAGAAAGAGAGAGACGGUGAACUUCUUGUGGAAGUAUACAUAAGAACGAGUUAAAUAAAUUAUUGUAAAGUCGUAUUUACUUAUUUGAAGCAAAUCGUAUAUAAUCUUGAUAUUUCUAUUAUUUUUUUCACAUUUGACGCGCACCUCGACUGAGAGAUGCUGUGUGAUCAGCAGACACUAUCACUAUAAUCUAUAAACAAUACGUCCGCUAGUUGGGCAGUUAGCUUAUCUCUUAAAAUUAGCCCUGGGUACUACAAACUAGAAUGUGUAUGGUAUAGGGUGUGACACCCUCUAGUAUAGGGGUCAGGGGUCAAUCAGUUUGUUCUGCCAGUUUGAUAGUGUAUUUUAAGAGAUUUGCAUGGGAUAGGUUUUGUGUGGCUUGUUAAAAAAAUAAAUAUGUACGCUAGUUGGGCAGUUAGCUUAUCUCUUAGAAGUAGCCAUGGGUACUACAAACUAGAAUAUGUAUGGUAUAGGGUGUGACACCCUCUAGUAUAGAGGUCAGGGGUCAAUCAGUUUGCCUCUGCCAGUCUGAUAGUGUAUUUUAGGAGAUUUGCAUGGGAUAGGUUUUGUGUGGCUUGUUAAAAACAAUAUGUACGCUUGUUGGGC